GAUAAAUCAAAAGACCAAAAUGCCCAUACCCAUUUAAAAUCACUCCAUAUUUUUUCCUUCUGCGUAUCUUCGAUCGGGAAUCUAUCGCCGCCGUCUCCGUCAGUCCCCGCCACCGUCAACGGAGACAGCAAAUCCCUUAUUCCACCUUUUAAGAUAUGAUAAAUCGUGAGCCUUUAUGAUACAUGGAUGUAUGCUUCAUUGUCUGUAUGACUGUAUAUAUCUGGGAUUAGAGAUGGAUCUGGAAACGGAAAAUAGAAUUGCUGCAAUCCUGAUGAAAGAGGCAGCAGAAUUGCGGAGACAAGCUGCCAAAGAUGGGAUAGAUGCAUAUCUUCGUCCUCCUAACGUAAGAGGCCGUCCAAAUUCACGCUUCCUCACUGCAACUGUUCUUGGUGUACAACAGUCUAAUAGAGCUGUCGAGGUAAAUGAGAUGUGGCGAGCACGUCAAAAGGAGAAAGAAUUGGAUGAUUUAGCGAAGAAGGAUGAAAGGAAACGAAGUAGAAGUUAUGUGUCUAGUGACUCCCAAAGGAGUAAGAGUAUAGGGAUCGAGGAUUAUGAAAGAAAGCGUCAUUCUCAAUGCUCAUCAAGCAGAAGUACAGCAAGUGAAGAUGAACUGAGGGACAACGAGAUCGAGGAAUUCUUGCACUCAAGGGCCAAGCGUGGUAGGGGUGCGGUUGGAUCCAGGAUGGACGAGACAGGUCCAUAUCUCCCUGAUUCAAAAGGGGAUCUAGUUAGCCCCAAUGAUAUUGGAUACAGAGAUGGUUGGGAUAAUCGUGCUAUUCUUGGUCCUGAGAAGCCUCAACAUAUGAAGUCAAUCUCAUCUUCGGAUGAAGAGUCUUCUGAACGAAGGGAGAAAAGAACCAAAAGAGUCAGUUCAAGCAAGCACCAUUGCAGAAAGCACAAAUCAAAAGAGAAGAAAGAAAAGAAGAAAAGGGAAAAGAAAAGAAGUAAACAUCGCAAGUAAGAGUAUCUUGUUGUUACCUAUUUCUGUUCGGUCACUUUUAUAGUUGAUAUUUCCGCACAUACAAGGCUUUGUAUCAAGAAAAGUUAGAAGGGCUUUAUAUCAAGAUUAGUUAGAAGGGUUUGUGGGUUGUGGUCAUCUGCUGAAGUCGAACUAGUGUACAUUUUAAGAUGAAUAUGAUUGGAGUUGUCGGACAAUACAAAUACCCAUGUUUUUGCAA